AUGGCCUCCUCUAUUUUUGCUCCCCUUUUCCCUGACGAAGCCUCUCAUAAGAAGCAGUACCAAAUUUCCCUUGAUGACAAUAACCCAUUUAUAAUGCAAACAUUGCUCGAGCUUUGUCACUUUGAGAGGAUAACCCCGAUGCAUCCACCUACCCUUAAGGAUGCCAGCCUAUUUUCUGCAUCAUCACGAAGAUAUGGUCUCGUGAAUAUGAUGGCACCCUGGGUGAUGACUUGGACAUCAUCACUUUACGAUAAUGAUAAACUUAACUUCAGCAAGGGGGAUGAUUUAAUUGCGUGGCUCAACAUCUGUCUCACCUUCGGCCAGGAGGAGAUGUUUAGAAAGAUCACUAGACGGGCUAUCAUUACGGCUACGGCAGAAUCACUUGACUUGGCUGUGCCCAUCGAGGGCCCAUUCAAAGAAAUUAUUGAAACUAUUGCCCGCCGUCGUAUCACUGUUAUUACUGAGCUUAUUACAGUCGCCCUCGCAUUACUCGCUCGAUACCAAACAGCUGAGGGUAUAUGUAGUGAGAGAGGAAGAGAGGGAAUCUGUCAUGCGAUGCUCAUGGAUUCAAUUCUCGAGGGGCCAAUGAGCUUUGGUUUGUAUCAGCCAGUUCCAAUUUCGCCGUAUCCCGGAAUGAGCGCAAUGGAUAUUAUCGGCGAGAUAAAAGAUCUACAAUUACGAACAGAUCCAAGCCACAGUGGGACUUGCGGUAGGGAAAUUAAGAUUGAAACUAUCGAAAAGCUAAGGAUUGCGAUUGGAAUUCUCGAACUUGUUAAAGGCUUGGAUAUUUCAAGGUAUGACUUACAGGCGGAAAAAGCAGAAGAGUUUUUACUCCAAGUUGUGGAAGAUCGGGCGGUUCAAACUUAUGAUAAAUACCCAGAGAAUGGUGGGGAUGGAGAAGCCGAGAAUAAAGAAAAUAGAGGGGGCAGAAAUGAGGAACCAAUCCAAGGACCGAAAGAAGAAGUAGACGAAGAGAGAAACAAGGAUAUAACGUUUAGCGAUAAAGACGGUGACUAUGAGAAGGACGAGACUAGUUCUGAGCUCUCUACUCGUAUCAACCACGAUCUGGACUCUCUUUCCGAGACCAGUGAUAUUCAAGUUCCUGCUGGAGUCAUUGACGGCUUUUCGGAAACCAAAGAAACAAUCGAAGACUUCGGACCCCAGGUCUUUUUUAGAGAUGGAGAUGCUAGAAAAAAGAGGCAUGAUAUUGAAAAGGAUGGGGGCGGGGAGCAAAAACAAGAAGGAGAAGAUCUGAAAGAUAAUGACUCUCUAACGGAGGAUAAAGACACAACUACUCUAGUCUACAUGCAAAAAGUGAUUCCGGGCCAUUCAAAUAUCACCAUGAAUAAUGAACUUACACAUGUAAACGAGACGUACACUUCACAAGCGACCAACGGAAUUGAAAGCGCGCCCAAUCCAGAACUCGUGGAGAAUACGUCUCCCAAAAUUGCACCCCUCAGGCACGCCGUGGCAAGAGCCAACGCCGAAGCACACGGACAAACAUGGUCAACCCCUGGCUCCGAACUAGCGAGAAAAUAUCAGAGGGGACCACGAAACCCUUUCCCUGAUGGAAUAACAGUGGGUGAUGUAUCCCAUGAAGGCCACAUAGCCAAUCUUAAGGUCUUAAAGAGUCGGUUUCCUACGUUGGACGUUAAAUACCUCACCACGUCCCUCAAGCAGAAAAACUGGGACUUGCAAUUGGCAACAGAGUUUCUUUCUGCCACCGAAAUCGCAGUCACGGAUAAAAACGACAUCGAUACUCAUGACAGAACUGUUUCUGUGAUAGAUAGGUUAGCCAUGGAGCCUACGUCCGAUAUUAUCCAUAAGGAGCCAGGUGAAUAUUUAGGAGCACUUGAGAAGAUUCCUACCGAGGCUCCCGCAACUGAAGAAAUACCUCAAUUAGCUAUCCAAGAAUCUGCUCCCAUUUUUUACGAGAAAUCUGAUCAAAACUCGAUUACAUCCCGAGAAGCGCCUUUGGAAAAUUCUGACAUCCAUCAAGUUCCGCCACCAGCUACCUUGGGGCCUGUCUUAAACAUACAACCACCAAUACCCCGAAAAGCACCGCUAAACGACUCUACUAGUAUCCAGAGUGUUGUCCUUCGACCAGCUACUCCUGAAUCUGUCUUUGAAAAAAGCACAUUUAUACCACAGGAAAAGGCCCCGGAAGGUUCUAUCAUAACAGAGAAUCUUUUACCACCUACAGUAUCUGUCUCUGAUGGGAGUACAUCCGCAACACAGAAAGCAAUGUCUGAAUGUUCCGCCACAAAAGAAACUCUCUCACCAAGUACUAUCCUCAACAAGGUCAGCAUUUCACGUCUGAUUGCCGGGAAGCUCAGUAAGGAGGAAGCCGAAAAACGUUUCUGGCCGCUAGAGGAGGAUAUGGAGAUUAGGGAAUACUUGGCGAUCAGUGCGAAUAGAAAGACAGUGAAGAAGCUAGUGCAUCGGUUCCCCGAGUCGACUGCCGACAAGGGUCUUAUCGAUGUGCUCUACCGCUCAGGUUGGGAUCUUGCAAAGGCUACUAGCAUGUUGGAAGGCCUUGGGUUAGUUCGACGCGCAAUUUCAAGUUAG